GGGGCCCCUGACCCUCCGCGGCUGCUAUGUGACGGGCAGCGCCGCGGGGCCAUGUACUGGAAGAGCGAGCAGAUGUUCGUGCGCAAGCUGGAGGGGAAGGACGCGCCGGAGCUGGCGGUUCCCCGGGAGAAGCGCCCCGGGCUUAUGUCGGAGGAGUGCGGGCGGCCUGCAGCCCCGGCGGCCGGGAGGACGCGCAAGGGCGCCGGGGAAGACGCAGCGGUGAACCCCGACGGCGCCGGGGACGAGGACUCCUGCUCCUCCUCCGCCCCGCUCUCCCCGUCGCCCUCGCCCCAGUCCAUGGCCUCGGGCUCCGUGUGCCCGCCCGGCAAGUGUGUGUGCAGCAGCUGCGGCCUGGAGAUCGUGGACAAAUACCUCCUCAAGGUGAAUGACCUGUGCUGGCAUGUCCGCUGUCUGUCCUGCAGUGUCUGCAGAACGUCCCUGGGAAGGCACACAAGUUGUUAUAUUAAGGAUAAAGACAUCUUCUGUAAACUUGAUUACUUCAGGCGGUACGGCACGCGCUGCUCCCGCUGUGGCAGGCACAUCCACUCCACUGACUGGGUCCGCAGGGCCAAGGGCAAUGUGUAUCACUUGGCCUGCUUUGCCUGCUUCUCUUGCAAGAGGCAGUUGUCAACUGGAGAGGAGUUCGCCUUGGUGGAGGAGAAAGUCCUGUGCAGAGUACAUUUCGACUGCAUGCUGGAUAAUCUAAAGAGAGAAGUGGAGAAUGGUAACGGGAUUACGGUGGAAGGAGCCCUCCUCACAGAACAGGAUGUCAGUCACCCAAAGCCAGCCAAAAGAGCCCGGACCAGCUUUACAGCCGAUCAGCUGCAGGUUAUGCAAGCACAGUUCGCUCAGGACAACAACCCAGAUGCACAGACCCUCCAGAAGCUGGCAGAAAGGACAGGCUUAAGCAGACGUGUCAUACAGGUAUGGUUUCAGAACUGCCGAGCCCGCCACAAGAAACACGUCAGUCCAAAUCACUCCUCCUCUGCUCCAGUCACAGCCGUCCCCCCAUCCAGGCUGUCUCCACCCAUGCUGGAAGAAAUGGCUUACUCUGCCUACGUGCCCCAGGAUGGGACAAUGCUGACCGCACUGCAUUCUUACAUGGAUGGUAGCUCACCAACAACUCCUGGACUCCAGCCCUUGUUACCCUAUACAAUGACCCAGCUGCCAAUAAGUCACACCUAAUUCCUUCUUCAGGGAUAGAAAUGAUUGAGGAUAUAAACUUGUCAUUUAUUAUGUAUAAAGUACCAUUGAAAGAUAUUAAUGUUAAUUUUUUAUUUAACACUCAAAGCAUUUUGAACAUCCUUUCGCUGCCCAGGUAUGUAUCUAUAGUUGGCCUGCAAGACACUUUUAUUGAUUCUUCAUUGUGUUUAUUUUGUAAAACUUAUGUUUACAAGAAGAAAACAAGUCAAAACAUUUUUUUUUAUUGUCUGGAAAUAGUUGGCUCUAGUGUCUAUCUGUUAAUUUAUUUGUCAUCAAAAGAGCACUUUGCCUAAAAGACUGGACUGAUAAUGUGCAAAAUGUUUACAAUCCUUUGUGAAACUGUAGUUUAUCAUUAGUUUGUACCUGUAAGUUAUUGUUAUAAAUAUUAUCUGUAUUUUUUGUUAUAUACAACUUUAUACCUUGAGGCUUGUAUCUGUGAAUUUGCAACUGAAGUUUAUUUUGCCAGUGUUUCUGGAUGAGCUGAAAGCGCGUCCGCUGUAGCAUGCCGCGCACACCCUAGCAGUGUCUGCGCUUGCUAGCUGUAAAUAACACCUCGUUUACGAAGCCUACCGCUGUAAGUUCAUUAAACACUUUGCA